UCUCAUCGCUGCUCGUACCCCAGUGUACCGCCACCAUGAAGAGCUUCGUUGCCGCCGCUGCCACCCUUGCGUUCGCCACCACCGCGACUGCACGUACUUUCACGGUCGUCAACAAGUGCUCUUACACCAUCUGGCCUGGUCUGUUCACUGACCUGAACGUCGGCACUGCCGUCCCCGACCAGCCCACCGGCUGGGAGCAGCCGUCUGGCCAGACCGUCACCUUCACGGUCCCGGACAACUGGAAGGCGGGCCGCAUCUGGGGUCGUCGCGACUGCGACUUCUCCACCAACCCCGGCCCCAACUCUUGCGCUGAUGGUGGCUGCAACGGCGGCCUCGAGUGCGACGCCCACACAGGCACCGGUGUACCCCCCGCCACCGUUGCCGAGUUCACCUUCCAGGGCGACGGCAACCAGGACUGGUACGAUGUCUCGCUCGUCGACGGCUUCAACAUUCCCAUCCGUGUUGAUAACGACAAGGGCUGUUCUGUUGCGGACUGUCCCGUUGACCUUAAUGCGAACUGUCCCGCUGAGCUCGCCGGCCCCACUGAUUCGAGUGGUGCGGUCGUCGGCUGCAAGUCUGCUUGCGUCGCCGGCCUCGGUGACCAGACCAACAACCCUAACUGUUGCACGGGUACCCACAACACUGCCGCGACCUGCCCGCCCUCCGGCGUCCAGGACUACUCGUACUUCAAGAACAACUGCCCGAACUCAUACGCGUACGCGUACGACGAGUCCUCUGGCACUGCCCUGUGGACAUGCGACUCGGGUCUCGCUGCUGACUACACCAUCACCUUCUGCCCUUGAAGCAAUCCUAUCAUUAUUGCGAAGGCCCCUGCCUCACGCUCUUGCCCUUCUGUCCUCGCGCGGUGCUGUUCUGCUUGAAUUUGGCGACGCUCGGGGAGCUGCUUGGUGAGGCUGCCAAACAGCUCACUUAUAUCAUCGUAGUACACAUUCUUUAUUGUCGCACAUCAUACCACCCUAUACC